AUGCCGAUCGACGUCGUUCUUCGCAGCGUGCCUCUCCACCUCACCGACGCCCAGCUGUGUGCUCUCCUCGGCGUCGAGACGGUCACCCGCUUCCGGCGCACGUCCGGCCCGUCCGAGAAGCAAAAUCCUCUCCACCUCGUGCGGGCGUGCUGCCGAAGCGAGAGUCAGGCGGAGCAGCUUCUGCUGCAGGGUCGCGUGAGUCUUGAUGGGCAGGAGUGCGCCGUGGAGCGACCAAAGGCGGCCUCAGACAGCUCCGCCGCCACCGGCAAGCGGCCGGCGACGACGACGCUCGAGGCUCUGCUCGAGAGCUUCCCUCGCGUGGGAGAGGCUGUCCUCGUGCCGGCCGCGGCGGGAGGCGAGGCGGACGCGGCGAGCAGCCUCCGCCCGGACGACCUCGUCCUCGAGAUCGGCAGUGACCGCGGCGCGACGUGCGCCACCGCCGCGGAGAUCUGCGGCGGCGAGGCGGUGGUCGGCGUUGACCUGAGCGACACCUCGGUCGAGGCGGCGAGGGCGGCGCACCCGUCGAUACGCUUCGAGAAGGUCUCGACGCGCUGCAGCAGCCCGCCCCGAGAUUGA